AUGCCUGCUCUCCUUCGAACCCACCCCAAUACCACGCUCACCAAACCUCGAGACAUUACCGCGUGUCGACUCCAAAACCGCCUGCUCCCCGCUCUCCAACUGUGCCCAGACCUCCUCGAAUAUCUUUUCUUGCUUGGUGCCAGCCUCGAAACCGAGGACUACCACCGCAGGCGCGCUGUCCUUGCCUACUCUCAAGUAUGCCACGACUGGAGGACCACUGCACUUGCUACGAAGUCACUCUGGGUGCAACUCACCGACUUCGACGAUAUGUCUUGGCGAUGGAAUGAGGAGAUGUUACGUCGUUCUCACCCCCUUCCUGUCGAGGUCGGCUCGUGCACAUUCCCACCGCGCAAGACGAACAGCAUUUCCUCGGAGAUGGGAUACCUUGGAAGGAUCCGGACGUACUGGCUAGGGUUCGCAGAUGAGACCUGGGAUAUUCUCGAGAAGAAGCUGCAAGAGCCUGCAGAGAACUUCGAAUGCCUCAGCCUCGCGUACACCCCACUCCGUGCUUCUAAGACGAAUCGACCGUGGUAUAUCCUCCCCCGGAAUCUAUUCGACAAUCGCGCACCACAAUUGAGGCGGCUGAAACUCGAAGGUUGCACCUUGGACUUUGGCACGCCUGCACUUCGUUCCCUGACGUCAUUGACCGUGAUCAAUCUCGACACCACUCAUAAAUUAGCGCCCAGCACCUUCGACUGGAUCGCCCUCGUCUCUAUGCCACCCUUCAUCACCGACUUCUUCCUCAGAGAUGCCAUUUUCACCGCGACGUCUCCUUCUGACCCUCAUGCUCAAUUCUCAACGAUACCGUCGUCGAAAACCCGUCUCUCCCGCCUCACGUCGCUGCAUUUGGAGGCCAAUAUCAGUGACGUCGCAGCGUUCCUCAAGUUCAUUAUCCUUCCAGCAGCGCGCGAUCUCAGCUUAACAUGCUCGGACGCACUGCCAGGGGCGGAGAUGGAAGGCAUUUUGGAGGCAUUUGGCGACGUAGCCGCCCUCAGUGUUGCUCUGGCGGAGCGACUCGAUAGUUCUCCCAUACGGAUGGAAGACCAAGCACAAAUGGUUGCCUUUCUGGGAGCGCUUGUAGAAGUGAUCCUGAAGCCAGGAGACGGAUGCUGUCCCCUUGAUUUGCUUCAGAACUUCAAGUUCAUUCGACGCGACUGCACCCUGGGACUCUUGGACAGUGAAGACCUUGAUAGCACGAACUUCUGUCGGAUCGAUGGAAUCGACGACAAGCCAGGUAGACGAUCGCGCGCCCCAUCCCAGCUUACCGAUGAUCCUCCACUUCCCAUCUUGAAGCGUUGUUCCCAGUCGGCCAGGGAAGUAUCCAACGGGCGAGUUCAGCUGCUCCUCUGGAAAUAG